AACAAUGAUUAAUAAUCAGUAAACCAAAUCAAAUCAACCAUUCCUUUUUAUACCGUUGCUGUAGCUGUUUGUUGCUGUUCUUUGCUGCUGUUGCUGUUGCUGUUGCUUUGCUCUACACAAUAAAGUUACCAUAUAUAUUAAAGAAGAAGGCUCUGGAUUUCAGCUUCAACAUUAUCCUGCGCAGCCCCUUCUCCCUCCCACAGGGCUUCUCUCCUUCUGUCUUCGUUGAUUUUGCAACGAUCGGCGGCGCUGUGUUGAUCCGCAUAUUUAUAGAGCAAUCGUAGCUUAAUCUCCGGUGUACGGUGUGGAGAAAGGUCUGCCGACAAUGCAGCAGCCGAGAACGGUAGAGGUGAAGCGGAUAUCAGAUCUCGCGACGGAGAGGGAAAUCCAUGAGUUCUUUUCUUUCUCCGGUGAAAUUGAACACAUUGAGAUCCGCAGAGAGCCAGGACACCCCAAGACGGCGUUUGUGACCUUUAAAGAUCCCAAGGCGUUGGAAAUCGCCUUGUUGCUAUCUGGUGCAACCAUAGUGGACCAGGUUGUUAUCAUAACUCCUGCUAAGAACUAUGUACCACAGCUUGAGAUUAAGGAAGUAAGGAUUGUUGACAAUGCUAUAAGCACAUCUCAGGAGAAUAGUUCCCCAGUUUCUGAGGGAGAGAGGAGUCCAAAUAAUGGGAAAGUAUAUGUCAAUAAAGCUCAAGAUGUUGUGUCAAGCAUGCUUGCAAAAGGUUCGGCUAUUGGACAAGAUGCGGUGAAUAAGGCCAAAGCAUUUGAUGAAAAGCAUAGGCUGACUGCCAAUGCAUCAGCAAGAGUGAGUUCCUUUGAUCGGAGAGUUGGAUUGACCGAAAAACUUACAGUCGGAAUCUCAGUAGUAAAUGAGAAAGUGAAAUCAGUGGAUCAAAAAUUUCAAGUCUCUGAUAAAACUAUGACGGCUCUUAUGGCAGCAGAGAGGAAAAUAAACAACACUGGAUCAGCUGUAAAAUCAAGCAGGUAUGUGACAGCUGGAACAGCUUGGCUGAACGGUGCUUUCAACAAAGUGGCGAAAGCGGGGCAGGUUGCUGGUACAAAAACUAGAGAGAAAUGGAAUAUGGCCCUGUCCAAUUUGACGGCAAAGGACCCUCCUAUUGCAGCCUGAGUGGCGAGCUUUCUGCAGUUUGGGUAGCCAUCCUUGUGGGAAGGAGCAGUUCCAAUUCGCGAGUCAAAUGUAUGUAUUUGAUUUCAUUCUAUAUUGUUUGGCAUCUCAUUUGAUUUUAUUUGAUUUGAUUGUGUUUGUCCUAUCUCAUCUCAUUCAUGCUGCUGCAUUAAUUAAUUGAUUAAUAAUUAAUUAAUUAAUUCUGCACAUGAAUGAUCACAUGUUGAUAAUGAAGUGGCAAAUCCUAUCCUAUCCUGUCUGGAGUAAUCAAUCUUCUUCUACUUGUAAUAUGCAGUUUUUGUUUCCCCCAAUUUUGUCGCACUACCAUUCCCAUAUGAUUGAUUGAUUCUGUCAAAUUCCAUUUCAUUAGUUAUUGCUA